ACCAUCGAGGACCUGCGGCGCCUGGUCGACCACUUGAUGAACGAAAAUCAGCGGCUGGUGGCCGACAACAAGAGGCUACAAACUGAAAACACCCGGCUUCUCUCCGAAGCGGCCGAGGCAGCAGACUUUGUCGAGCGUUCGGAGCUCUGGGUGCUCCCACAAGCAGGUGGGCAGGAGAGAAAAAGCACAGGGAAGGGGAAGGAGAUUGCAAUUCCUCAGCUGCCACCACUGGAGAUGCCAGCUCAGGAAGAUCUGUGUCUGGACGACCUGCCUCCUUUGGAGCUGCCAGAGGACAUCCAGAAUGAACUACAGGAGCUACUGGACAGGGAUAAACUGUGAUAAGAGACAUGUCUCUCUCUCU